UGAAGGCGGGCUCUCUCCCAAGAUGGCGGCGCCCAUGAAGCCACUCGCUGAUGUUGUGUCAACACUGGAGAGCUGGGUGCAGGAGGAGGACCGGAACCGGGCGGAACCGGUACUGGACCUGCUCCAGAGUCUCAGCGACAUGUUCAGAGACCCAGGGAACCGAGAACUUGCAGAAGAGAAUAUAUUCCAGCUGUUGUUGCAGUUUCUCUCCCAGGCUUCACACAAAGUCCAGUCAGUAGAGAUGGGGCCUGAUGCCCUUGGAAGUUGGUUUAAUUUGAUGGCUGAAUGUUUCAGAUGUUUAAGAAAUUCUUGUGUACGCUGUACGCAGAAUCAGAACGCAAUCAGGAAUGUGGGUUUACUUGUUGAAUCUGUCGGCCUGAUUAAAAGUUUUACUGCAUCGAACCCAAUCACAGAGCCUGGAUUAGUAGCUCUCCGCUGCGGGCUGCAGUUUCUUGGCAACGCUGCCGCAGGAAACCCGGAUUCCCAGAAUAGCAUUUGGAAGUGUGCGUUUCCAGACCUCUUCUUGAAUUGCCUGAAGCAUGGGGAUGAAAAGGUUUCUGGAUACGGUUCGAUGGUCUUAUUUACCUGCCUCAAUGAUGAUACAGUGGCAGAACUGACGGACCCCGCACAGCUUGAUGUUGCAUUAAACGUGAUCACCAGCUACCGGAAUCAUCCUGACGCUGAUUGGCUGCACCUGAUAGUCACAGGCCAUUUCCUAAAAUGCCCGGAGCUGGUGAAGUCGAUGUAUUCCAAGCAGACGGAUCAGGAAAGGAUCACCAUGCUUGAAAUAAUUAUGGCCAAGUUUAACGAGAGAGAGCCUAUUGCUCCCGAAGACGCUAUUAGUUUGCAAAGGAUUGGCGAGUUCCUUUCUGACUGCUUCCAAAACCAGUGCCAAGCUGUCUUAAAACUCACUAUCCCCGGGAAUAGUAGCGAACAGGAAGCUUUAGUUGUUGUACGACUCCUUGAUGUUCUCUGUGAAAUGACCUCAAACAGUGACUUCCUCCCCUGUUUACAGAGUCGCCCCUCGUUACUUGAAACUGUAAUAGAUAUAUUACGCCUGACGCAUCUAGCUGGAAAACAAACCAAAAAUGUCUUCACUCCCACACACAGCCCCUCUCUGGGCUCCGAGCUAACACACGCUGUGGUGGGGUUCAAAGUGCAACUUAUUCGCAUGAUCUCCAACUUGUGUUACAAGAGCCAGGAAAAUCAAGAUAAGGUUUAUCAGCUGGAAGGGAUCCCACUUAUUCUGGACAACUGCAGCAUUGACGAUAACAAUCCCUUUCUGAACCAGUGGGCAGUGUACGCAAUUCGAAACCUCACCGAAAACAACGAAAGAAAUCAGGGGCUCAUUGCGUCAAUGGAACGUCAGGGUUUGGCAGACACAUCGCUACUGAAGGGUUUGGGGUAUGAUGUGGAAGAACGGGACGGGAAACUGGUUCUAAAAUCUACAAGGAAAUCGUAAAGGACUGCAAAACGAGAAAAUGUGAACAUUUGUCGCCACCGUUUAUACAUAUAUUACGUUUUUCAUCAACAUCAUGGGAGAAUAGAUCCUGUUAUAAAUUUUUUUCUUAACUAGCAAACAAUGAGCAAAGAACUAAUUUGAUGAAGAAUUUCACGAAUAAUGUGCAUGUUUAUGUACAAAUCAAGUAAAUGAUAUAUUUAAAUCUA